GUCACUGACCCCGCAAGAGACGCUGGCAAACAGCAUUAAGGAACCAGCUGCUGUAAUAAUACCCACUGUGGGCUACUUUCCACCUUCAGUUGAACUUCCUCUGCAGUUUUGUGUCUGUCUUCUGCUCAGCCAUGCUCUGUUUGAGAGCUCUGUCAAACUCUGCCUUCCUCAUCGUCAAAAACACAGACCCGCAGAGGAACAAGAAGGGUUUCCUCUUCUUCCAGACAGCAUGGUGUCUGAGCGCCAAGUCAACACCGGCCUCUCAACGACCAGCGACAACUCACAUGGAUCAUGUGCAUGUCAAAAUGUGAGUACGUUAAGCUUAGUGUUAACAACUGGCUGCUGUGAUACCGGUGUCAGCCCUGUUUUUACCUGAGCCUGUCACGCUCAGCAUUGUAGACACUAACACAGAGAUGUAGGAAGAGGCUACUUAUUGUAGUUAAAGUUUUAAUACCACUGUGCUGACCUUCUCUGUGUACAUUAUCAGCCCUAAAUUACAUUUCUAACAUCCUGGUAUGUAAAAUGGUGCUCUUUAUACAUUUUUUUCAUGUAUAAAUUAUCUUAAGAGUGACCAAAAUCAAUUCAAAUAACUGUCGUCAAUUAACAUUUCUCAUUUUUUUCAUCUUUAUUUUGAGCUGACAGUCACAUUUUUAAAGAUUGGGGCAUCAAAUUUGGUGAGAGAUCUUGUUUUUCUUCAUAUUAAAAAAAAAAAACUGUCACCUGUAGUUCUCUGUCGCUGCAUUUUAGCUCCAUCCACCCUAGUAGAUGGAGCUAAAAAUUGGCAUUACCAUAGACUGUAUACACUAUGGACAACUUGGUUCCGCCUUCCGCUGUUAGUAUUUCUGCGAUUUUUCUCCAUUUCCUGAAACCAACAUUACGCAGCAGUGUUGUGCGCAUUCGGUGGGAGAGUCACCGAGAGUUGCUGUGAUGACACUCAGCUCAAACAGCGUAUCCCCUGGCUAAGCUAUGCAAUCUUCGUACACCCAUAGGCUGUAUCAGGUGUCAAUCAUCGAAAACAUGAACCCCCUAAUAACUUUUAAAAACAGAGCUGUACAGAAAAAAGAGGACUUGAGCACAAACCAGUCUGACAGUAACUACAUGUCAACAUCUCAACCAGGGGGGAGAAACAUUUAUCUUGUGUAUAAUAAAUGUUUGAAGUUUUUCCACAGCUCCAUAGGGAUUGCUGGAGGAGGCAGGAUUUAUGACCUAUACUGCAGCCCGUCACCAGAGGGUGCUAUUUUCAAGUUGUUUGAGAGAUAUGAGUUGAAAAAAAAAAAAAAAGUUAGAAAAUGAUUAUUUUAUGAACACAUAAAGCUCCACUUGGGUAUAUUCCUGGGCCAUUUAAUCAUUGUAUUAAAAAGGAAGAAUUGCUGCUUUUCUCUGCAUUUUUUUAGGAAUGGAACCUCAAAGUCACCUGCCAGCUCUGGAGUGGAGGACAUGCUAUUCUACACCAUCACAGAUGGAAAAGAACAAGUCCCCCUUUCGUACUUUACAUCAGUAAGUACCCACCAAACUGAAAGUUAUCCAUCCUCCUGUUUACAUACUGAUCUUCUUUGGUCUGUUGUUGUCUGCAGGCGCUAAGGAGGACCGGCCUUGACCCAUCAGACCCUCGUCUUAAGGGCUGCAUGGACAAGCUUGGACAGGCUAUGAAUGAAUCUGAUGGGGAGGUGAUAAUGGACAGGGACCUUUUCCACAGGUGAGACAUGAGGGCGACACUUUGAUCUUUAAACAGAAAACUAAUCUGUAACCGAAGCGGUGGUUAAAUCAGGCUGUCUGAUGGGAAGGGGAAAGUAAAACAAAAGCACCCGCUGUGUGUGGAGGGGCAUCAGCAUGCAGAGCAUUUUCUAACAUGUGAGGCAGUUUAAAUUGUUCCUGUAACACCGGAGAAGACGUCACUGAGAUCACCUUAUUGGAUUUGAAGAGGUCCCCUGAAGGGCAUCAAGUUUUCCCUACAAGGAGAGGAAACUGUAACUUCUUCAUUUUCUCUGUCAGAAGGCCUCCCCUAGAGACACCGAGUUAUGUUUUCUCCACAAAGAGGCCAUCCUAGAGCACAAAGUUCAAAAAGAUAACAUGGAAAGAACUGUUAUAAAGAUAUCCUAGAAAGUAACUUCACUGCAUUUUCUCCAUUAGACACAUUUUCUGUACAAUAUUUUAUUUUCUCCAAUGACAGGGCACAUUGUCAAGUUUUUGUUUUUUCCACUUGAGGGGAAUCAUUGAAGGAACCUCAUCAUGUUUUCUCCACUGAAAAGCCACUUUUGAUGGAUCUUUGACAGGCUUUCUCUGCUAGAAGGGCAAAAUGAAAAACCCUUCAUUUUUCCUUAAAGAAGGUCCAACCGGGAGUUAUCUCACAUAUCUUGGAACUGGAAACUGACUCGCAUCACUUCAGAUUUUCUCAACUAGAGGGACAUCAUAGAGAGAUGCUGUAAUGUUUUCUCUACUAAAAAGGCGACCUGGAAGGAACUUAAUCAUUUUCUCCACUGAAAAGCCACCUUGGAUUGCACAUAUAUGUGUUUUCACCACUGGAGUUUUUCCAACUUGAAAUGAUCUCACAUCAACUUUUAUUUGACUUCAAACUGACCGGGACCUUUAUAGGUUUUCUCCACUAGGAGGACAUUUUAGAGACCUAAUUGGCAACCUGGGAAAAAGUUCCAAAUUUACGCCUGAAAAGCUACCCCGGUGAGAGGCCACGUACCAUAUUCCAGUCCUCGAGCCCCCCCCCCCCCGUCCUGCAUGUUUUGGAUGUUUCUCUGCUCCAAUACACCUGAUUCAAAUAAUUAGCUCGUUAUCAAGCUCUGAAAUGGCUUAAUAAUGAGCUGAUCAUUUGAAUCAGGUGUAUUGGAGCAAGGAAACAUCCAAAACAUGCAGGACGGGCGGGGGCUCGAGGACUGGACUUGAGAACCACUGCCUUAAAGACAUCCAGAAGGAGACUUGAUGAGAUUUGUGCACCUGUGUACUGACCUUUAGGGUAAUCCAUGUUUUCUUUUCUGCAAAGGCCACAUGGAAGGCACUCAGUCAGUACGUUUACAUGACACUUGAGGAAACUGAAUUAUUGCCUUACCCUGUUAAGACCGUACGAAUUAUGAGCUCAGUCUGAUUAAGCUGUACAUGUAAAAGCACUGAGUUAUCGAGUAUUUUCUCCACUGAAAAAAUUAUCCUGGUGGGCCCUAUACACCAGACAACUUUGAUUCACUCAGGGACUGUCCUAUAUUUUUUAAAAUCAACUAAAUUUGAUCCAUAUUAGACUCAGAAACUCGAAGACAGAGGUACCACUUAUGAGCGAGUUGUAAAGUUACAGAAGUUAUAAACAGUGCAAGUGUGAAGUCUUGUGUUAUUGCCUGUCUGUGGGCGUGUUGUUCUCACCCAACAUGCCUCAUGAUGUAUGUGGACCUAUACACCGACUGUCUCGUGUUGUUUUGUUUUCCACCGACCAGUUCAAGCAUGAGACUGAACUAUAUUUAGUCUGACCUUCCAGCAACAAUCCAUUUUAAUUCGGGAUUUGUUGUAUGUGACCCACCACUUAUCUCUGUGCCUCUCUGUGCCUUUGUUCUUACCACUGUCUUAAUUACACUAAUUAUGAGUACAUGUUAGAGGCCAAGGCUGGAUUAGAAUCAUUGAAACAAGUAAAAUAUGAUGUCUGUGAAUGUUUAAAUGUAAAGACUGAAAUAUUUGGUAACAUUUUAUUAUUCCUGGAAGCAUUUAAAGAUCGUGUCGACUUUAUUCACAGUCAUGUGGAGCGAAGUAAAGGCCUGUCGCUCAGACUGAUCGCAGGCAGCUGUUUCCCUCUUCUGUCACAAGCACACGUUGUUUCACACCCUUAGACAAACACACCACAUGUGCCAUUGAACAGUCAUAUCACAGACAGUGUUUUGUUUCUCUUGUCAUUGUCUUUUUUUCUGUCUUUCAGGUGUGUUGGUGGAAAUAUCGUCCUGCUGAUCCAGGCUUUCAGGAAGAAAUUUAUCAUCCCAGAGUUUGACAUAUUUGCACAGAAAAUUAACGAAAUCUACAGCAGGGUGCAAAGCCACAGUGAUGGGAAGGUAGGCAUUACUUGUUUUAUGUUCUUUAUAUCGUGUUGAUAGAAAAAAUGACUUUAAAUACGAUAGAUUUACCAAAUAUUUGCAUGCACAGAAUUAAAUAUUAAUGGAAGGAGGAAGAUGAAAAGAUGUGCACUUAUAUCUCCUCUGUGACACUUAAAUCAUGACCUUAAACUCUGUGAACUCUCUCACGUGUGCUCAAACUCUAGGUUGCAGAUUACAUCCCUCAGCUGGCUAAAUUUAGCCCAAGACUGUGGGGUGUGUCUCUGUGUACGGUAGACGGCCAGCGGUAAGAUUUACAGACGCUCAUCAGACAAAAAUAGUCCAACCAUGAGUAGUAUGUAGCUGCAGCUAUGAAGCGUUUGAUUGUGUCACAGAAGCUCAACUCUUUUUCUCAUUUUUAUUUUUAGUGUUUGUUAAUAUUCUUGAGCACUUCAAAUAUUCCUCCCCGUCUGUGUCUGAAAAGUUGAGGUGUGUGUCAGGUUUUUGUCUCGAAGGUGUGUGUUUUGUCUUCUUCCUGCAGACACUCAGUGGGCGACACUAGGCAGCCAUUCUGCCUGCAGUCCUGCGUGAAGCCUUUGCAGUAUGCCAUCGCUGUCCAUGAGGCGGGGUCGGAGACAGUUCAUCGCUAUGUCGGCAUGGAGCCAAGUGGAGUCAAGUUCAACAUGCUCUCACUGGAUGAUGAAGGUGUUUAAAGCCUCAUAAUUGUAAACAUUUAUUGUUUUAAAAUACAGCAAAGAAAUCUGAAAGAUAGCUUUAUGAUUCCUGGGAUGACGGAUGUAGUCUAAUUGAGUCUUCGGACACACACACAUUUAUUUAGCUGUAAAACAGAGACAGUUAAGUAGAUAUGUGGGCUGGUGGAUUCAUUGAACUGCCCAAACACAAAACCGUUAUGUUGAGUCUUAUCUUGUUUUGUUUUCUUUUCUCGCAGAUAAGCCUCACAAUCCCAUGGUGAAUGCCGGCGCCAUAGUGAUCAGCUCUCUUAUCAAGGUAAACAUGGUCAUGUAUGGGCUGGUGUGUAAUAGAUGAGUCUGCACAUACUGUACAGCAUAUCAAAUUACUGUUCGUUUUGCUAAUACACAUUUUUGUUGAGUUUUUGAUGCAGUUUUUGUUUUAUAAACCCACAAAAUGACACUAAAAGCAGCUGGUUGUGGAGUUUGUAUAGUAGGUGUUUAAAUCGCUGAGCUUUAAAGUCAGUAAAAGUCCUGUAAACAUAUUUAAAGUAUGUAAAAGGACCUAUGUUGAGUGUUACAUGGAAUUAGGGCCUGUGUCCACUAACAUUUUCUUCAACUAGCAGCGCCUGUUUUCUCUGCUAAACCAAUGCAGCUCAGGUUCUUUCAGCAGUUUUCAAAUCACAAAAAAUGCACAGGGCAUCAGUUGUUUAUUGUCACAGCACCCAUGGCAUUCUCAGUGAACAGCGUCUUGCUCGUCAGUGUCACUCCUUCAUCACCAACCAAUCAAAAUCAAGAAGGGGCGUGACCUCUUAGCAACUUCAACAACAGUGAUAGAGAUCCUCACAAAGCAGAAAGUGACCACACAUUAUUUUGAGGUGUGUGUCCGAGCUGUUGGUAAUGCAGCGUCAGGAUUUCUCUCUCUUGUUUUUGCAAAUACUUGUCAGAAGUGCGAUGUAAUUAUGAUCUUGAGCGGUGUUGAUACAAAAAAAUGCAGUCAGUGGACACGGGCCCUUAAAUCAGGUAAAUAUAAGUUGUUUUUGGACUUAUACAGUCAUUAGAUUGAAUUGUUUUUGAGGGAAUAGUUCCUUCUUACAGAAAGUAUAUGACUUUACAGAAAUAGUUAAUAAACCAGCUGUCCUCAUAUUCCUCUGUCAUCUUCAGUACGUUCUCAGUCAGAGCCUGAAGGCUGUAAAGUGAGUCUGAUGAUGAUCUGCAUGAAAGAGCCUAAAGCAAAUGUCACAAAAACCCAGCAGCUAGAUAUUAAUAUCUUUGAUCACUCUUCUCCUACUUCAGAAGUAUGACUGCUUUUCUCACAGAUGUUCACGUUUGAUGUUUUCAUGGUGUCAGAUAUAGAAAAAAAAAAAAAAUGCACCAACGGGUAUUUUUUUAUUUCGUCUUUUUCCUGUUUGGUGAACUCUUCAUGAGCUCUGUGAUUUACACUCCCUGUUUAUCUUACUACAUUCUGUACCAGCCGAUAAAAAGAUACCAUAUGAUGCAAUUAGUGAUAUAAGUCAUGUACAUAUACUGUAAACGAACACCGAUUUGCACUUCUCAGUAUUGUUGUUAAAAUCAGAAGUUGAUCCCUUUCCUUUCAUUUUCAGCCUCGUUCAAAUAAGGCAGAGAAGUUUGACUAUGUGAGUAAUGUAUUCACCAUUAUAUAGAAAAUAUUUGACUGUCAUUGGUCGGACUUUGCUGUAGUCAACAUUCUUCUUUGUUCGUUUAGGUGAUGGACUUCGUAAAAAACAUGGCCGGCCAAGAGUAUGUGGGCUUCAGCAAUGCCAUGUGAGUGACCUGUUAAAUGAGUAUAAGGUGUGUUUUUAAUGUUAAUCUAUCUUUGAUAAGAACAAGUUGAAAGACAGUGUUGGGCUAAUGGCCUGUCCACUGCCCUGUUGCAUAAUUAAUGCUUCAGUAUUGACCCCUCUUGCUCCUGUGUCUCAGGUUUCAGUCUGAAAAAGAAACAGGCGACAGAAACUUUGCCAUCGGAUACUACAUGAAAGAGAAGAAGGUCAGUGGCAAAAUGCUGAAAAGCUGCCCGACUUUGAAGCUGAAUGCUUACAUAACUGUCAAAUUGAGAUUUUUUUGUGUUGCUGGGCAUUUUUUCUGUAAAAACGAUGCAGAAAUCACUGAAAUUUCCCAUCACAUCAUGAAUUUUCCAUCUUAUUCUGUAUUUAAAUUAUUCAUCAUUUUGUUUGAAAGAUGUUGGGGUGGUUGGAAAACAAAUCAAAACUAAUCCAGUGAAAAAAAUAGAGUAAACAAAUCCUAAAGAGGCUGCAAUGGUGCAUAUUAGUACUAUUGUCUCACAAUAAGAAGGUCCCUGGUUUGAAUCUCUGGCCAUGUGUGUUCUUCUCGUGCAUCCUGGUACUCCAGCUUCUUCUUAUAUUCCAAAAACACACUUUUUUUGCACUUCAAAAUUUUUUUAAUUUUUUUAAUUUUAUUAUUAUUUUUUUUUUAUAAAAGUACAAACAGCCUUCAGAAAACACUGUUAAUCAUUUUCUCAACACUUUGUUUGUGUUGGAUUGAAAGACUUUCAUGAACACGUUUUUUCUGUUCCCUACUUUGAGACACAGAACAUACCCCCCAAGCAUUUUUUUGGUCUAAAAGAGGUCUAAUAGACAUCUAAAUGUAGCCUAGACGACUGGUCUAAAAUCAGACUACCACAAGUCUAAAAAUGAAAGUUUUUUAGUCGUCUAUAUUUAGACCAAGUUUAGACUAGCCGGCCAACAGAGGUCAAACUGUGUAUUGCUCAACAGCUAUGAUAAUUUUUUUGGUUAAGUACUUGGAGGUCAAUUAUGCAACUCACAGAUGCUUUUUGAAAUAAAUAGUUAUCGAAUAAUGGGUUAAAGUGCAACGUCUAAAUUCUGUCUAAAAAUAUACAGAAUCUAGAAGGUUGAAAAUAGGUCUUUAAAAAAAACUAGACGUCCAAUAGCCGUCUAUUGCUCAGUGGGUAGUUUAAUAUUUCGUAAGAUGUUUUUAUUCUCAGUCUAACCUCCAUCCGCUUUCCCACCAUCAUCAGUUUAAUAGACAAACACUGAAUCACUUCUUCUUCUUAAACAGUUUUAAAAGGGAAGUUGAGGUUGUAUGUAGCCUCAUCAUAGAGAUCUCUCAUCCCUUUGAACAUCGAAAUGUGACCCUGUUUUGAGGGCUUUUGGACGACCUUCAGUAGGGUCUCUCAAGGAAACAACUGGUUUCAGGGUCUGACAAAGAGAGGGUCAUUAUAUCACAGACAAACAAUGCAGAGCAGGAGAGCGCCCGUCAGUCAAACAGUCCUGAAUAUCCUGUGUCGUUCCUCAGUGUUUCCCCCCGGGAGCAGAAAUGAUCGAUGCCCUGGACUUCUACUUCCAGGUAAACACGCCGCCCUGCAUGAAGGAUCAUUAAACAUCCUUUCGUUGUGUUUCUAGUGUGGCCUGGUAUUGAUUUAGCUGUAGUACAAACACUUCCAGUUGCUUUGACCAUGAGCUUCUCCUGCUUUUGUCUAAGCUCUGCUCCAUCGAGGUGACCUGUGAGUCAGGAAGCAUCAUGGCUGCCACUCUGGCCAACGGAGGGAUCUGUCCAAUCACAGGAGAGCGUGUGCUCAGUGCCGAAGCAGUUAGAAACACUCUGAGUCUGAUGCACUCCUGUGGCAUGUACGACUUCUCUGGAGAGAUGGCUUUUCAUGUGAGGGACAGCUGAACAUACAUACCUCAAUAAUUAAAGGUUUAUUAUGCAAACUAAGUUUUCUUUAUGAAGGAGACAUUGUUCUUCAACAAAUCCUAACUCCAGCCUCUUGCUCUCUUCCUCUCAGGUGGGCUUACCGGCUAAAUCUGGGGUCUCUGGUGCAAUCCUGCUGGUGAUCCCCAAUGUCAUGGGGGUCAUGUGUUGGUCUCCUCCACUCGACAGGGUUGGAAACAGCGUCAGAGGAAUACACUUCUGUCAGGUGACAUUUUUUACAGUGACUCAGGGCUGCACGAUUUUAGCCAAAAAUAAAAUCCAGAUUUUUUUUUCCCCCUGAAAACUUAAUUAUAGAUUUCAUUUUUUUAUUUGGUGACAACUUCACCAAACUAAGUACCAUUUACAGUUACCAGGAACACUUUUUCUGUGUGGAUGAAACACAGAUACAACAAAAAACUUUUGCGUUUCCUCCUGAAUUUGUUUCCGUGUGGAUGGGUUGAUACCGCCUUCAGACAGACUUUUCAGCGGGGAUUGGUUUGCUCUUCAUCUGAAACUGUGAAGUCGUACCAUUUCAAUACGACUGACUCGCUCUUGUCCUAUUUAACCACAAAAUUAUUGCCUUCUUUUGCAAACACCGUGUUUGUUUACACUGGUGUGUGUGGGAACUGGGGAGCGCUCCUGCAGGAAGGGGGAGCCUACGUUAGCUCGGAGGAGCGAGACAUGAUAGAGAGGAAAAUCAGAUCGAGGAUUUAAAUUUUUUUAACAUCCUCAUAAUCAAAUAAUCCGAUUAUAAUUUAAAAUCGAUUAAUCAUGCAGCCCUAGCUUCAAACAUUGCUUUUAUGCUCUUGGUAAUGAACUUAUUCCUUCUCAUCGUCUGCAGGAGCUUGUGUCAAUCUUCAACUUCCACAAUUAUGACAACUUGAGGCACUUUGUGAAGAAGCAGGAUCCCCGCAGACAGGAUGGCGAGGACAGGGUUUGUUUGUUGCUUUGUUUUUUUUUGGUUUGUUCUUUCUUGUGUGUUUAGUUCUCUUGAUGUCUCUAUUAUGUAACUUCUUUGUCUUCGCAGAACAAGUCUGUUGUCAAUUUGAUGUUCGCCGCCUACAGCGGAGACGUGUCUGCGCUCAGAAGGUACGCCACCGGCAAAUUUGACUGUUUUCUUCUUGUUUAACAGACGGUCUUAAAAUGUUCUGAAAACUACCAGCAUUGAUGUUGAUUUAGAUGAAAAACAGACUCACAGUUUCUUAGUCAAUAGCAGUUAACAGUAGACAGAAGUUUCUGAAACAGCGAGUAGAAGGAGCUCCAUCUUCUUAUCCUUGUUUUUCUGAUUUCUCGAUUGUAAACAUUUGUGUUCGAGUGUUGAAAUGUACCUUUAUCUGUUCCUGUAGGUUUUCUCUCUCGUCCAUGGACAUGGAUCUGAAGGAUUAUGAUUCUCGUACAGCGCUGCACAUCUCCGCAGCUGAGGGUGAGCCGCACACGAUGUGUUUAUCUGUUGAUAUUUAUUGAGCGGGUAAGCCCUCCAUCAAGCAAACCAUAAAGCAGUCAGGCAACUAAUCCGUCUGACCACGCCGAAAGAUAAACAGUCAAGCACAGGAAUGUUUUCUGCCCUUAAAGGUUGAAGAAUACAUUCAUUAAAAAGAAGAGAGAACUCCAAUAAACCAGAGUACUAACUUUAAUAAACCGCAAGACAAUGAGAUCAAAUCAAAGCGAAAUAACAUUUACAAACUACUUCAAGGCUUCAGUGUACACAGCUAUGUUUCUAUAAAUAUAAACCUUAAAUAUGAACCCAGUUACCUACAUUCUUUGUGCAUGAAAGCCAAUAAAACCUUUUACACCAGUGGUCAUACAAAUUUACAUUUCAAUGAAGCCUUUGUUUUUACUUAGCUGUUUAUGAAAUCUUUAUUCACUCGAGCUCCAAGCAGGAUAUAAAAUGUUGAAAUAUCUUCACCAGGACUGGGUGCCGAUCUUUUUUGAACAUUACCUGCUGUUCACAGGUGAUCCCACAGAGUCUCAGAUUAGACAAUGUCUCCUCAGGAUGGCUCUGAUUGCUGCACAUAUCCUCCAUUUUUGUAGAAAAACAUCACAGCAGGAAUUUACCAAGGUCAUGAGUGCAAUGCAACGGUCGGGUUACGAUGAGAGCGCCCUCUGCUGGAUUAAACGGCAAGCUACCUCAGACGGCUUUAUGCUUUGAUGAAGUGGCUCUAAAGGGAGGGCGUGUGAGAAGAAAAAAACAAGUUUUAGGUUUUUAAAUACUUUUUAUUAAACAUUCCUUUUUAUAAUAUCUGUUAGUUUGCAGUUGAGGAGCUAUUUUUUUUCUUUAAAGUUUCAUACGAACUGAGCUUUAAAUCUCAGGUUGUGCAGUAAUUUAACACUGACUUACCCCCAAUUUUCACCGUAUCCGGAAUGGCAGCAAUUUUCGCCGUCUGCCAAUUCCUACCGGAUCCGUUGGGAGGCAAAUUUCGUGGCAGAUUACGGACAGCGGUAAUUGCGAGAACUCACAAGAACCUGCGGAUUUACGUGCAAUUGCGUGAUAACAAGUUGUCUCUAUAAAGACCGACACAUAACCAUAUUAGCAGUAGAUUAUGUCCUUCCAGAGGAGGAAAUCUACUUCUAGACUUCUAGAAUCAGCAUCUCCUCAUCCAUGGUGUCAUGCUGGGUGAAAUGACAUCUAAAAACCUUUCACUUGAAUUUAUCCGCCAUGCUCCGGAUAAAUUCUCUUGCGAUCAGCUGCAGAACGGAAAGAAGUCGGUGGAAAAUUGACACAUUAACUUGAAUGGUUACGAUCAGCUACAAUCGGCGGAUACGGCCUUUUCGUAGCCAUUCCGGAUGCAGUGUAAAUUGGGGGGUUACUGUAUUUUCUCAGACUUGUCUGUUUUUUCUUUCCUUUCACCCAUUUUCCUCUUUUUUUGUGACCUGUCAUCUGUGAUAAAGACAAGCCGUUUUGUUUGUACAUCCAUAACCAACACAGAAACAUAUCAACACUUAUGAACUAAUUUGUUUUGACUCUCACAGCUGUAAUUAGUGCCACUUUAGCUCUCUCUUCAUCUGUUGUUGUGAUAAAUUGUAGGGGAGCAGCACCUUUUGGCUCACUUUCUCCUAAAACCUCUAAUGAAUCAGCUCACAAACCCUCACAGAGCACCAUAUGGUCGAUUAUUUGUUCCCUGCUGUGAUCCACGUUUACUCACAGCGUAGAUUUAAUGCUCCGCUGCAGCGUGGUUAACAGACACAUUUUUCAGAAAGAAGCUGGUCAUUUGUUUGAAAGAUAAAAAGGGAGAGAGAACUGUUUUCUUUGAUACAGACAAAUCUGUACACUCUAAGGGGAGUAAUAGUACAUCACUUCACUUUGUCUGGAACUUUGAUUUAAAGCUGCUCUUUAUCCAGAAACACAGAUUAUCACGCUGUUUUGAGAAGCCCGUGAAUGAUGACAGGCUUGCGGGUGUGAAGCGGUUUGAUUGUAGGGGCUUUGUUGAAAUGUUUGUGGCACCAAAGGGUGUUAUCAGAAAAGAUUGUCUCGAUCACACACGUCCUGAUUAUAAAAUAAAAAUCUGCUUUCUUUUGUUUUCUGUCCAUUCACAGGUCACACAGAUGUGGUGAAGUUUCUCACUGAAACCUGCAAAGUAGAUCCAUUCGUGAGAGACAGGUAUUUACUAUCACUUCCUGUCACUUUAACCUUAAAUUUCAAUCAUUCCUAAAUUAUUAAACUCAUUAUUUUUCUUUGUCCUGUUGCUGAAAACAGCCCACAGUUUGAUACUCUUGAGAUUUCUAAAUUGAAUUGGAAAUACCAUAUCAGAUAAACACCAUAAAGUCCAGGAAGUAGUAUAAUAUGAUCUGUAGGAAGAAGUAUACUUCAAAAUAAAAGCUUAGUUUGUUAAUAUAGGAUGUAAAGCAAUCUUAAAAGCGAGACAGAAAAAAAUAUCAAAAUAAAAGCCUGACAGUCGUUAUUGAGAUAUCUGUGUCGCACAAGUCUGAUAUCGUACUGACUCUAAUAGAGUAUCCUUGAUUUUGGUUUGUUAAAUCACUUUGUACAUUUAUAAACAAAGUUUUAUUUAGUCUGAAUGGCUUUAAUAGAUAGCUGUCUGCCUCCUCACUUGGUGAAGCCACCGCGAGAACAGCACCCUCUGGUGAAGUAGAGAAAAUUCCGGAAAUACUGAGAGCAAUUCAGCUUCAAAUUCGAAUAAUGACGAAAGGCGGAGCCAAGUUGUCCAUAGUAUAUAUACAGUCUAGAGAUGGACCACAUGGCAUGUCCAUAAAAGUAAAAAAAUCCAAUGGUUUAGCCCUCCCCCCACUGGCUGGUUGCAGUAUAGACCCUAAAGCCCGCCUCCUCCAUGUUAACAGAUGAGAUAUCAGUCAGACUAUGAAUCUUAAAAAGGAAAUGUCAGAUGGUUUGUCUCUUGUUAUUUUGUCUCAAGUUAAAUUCAUUAAAUCACCAAGUUUAGUAAAAGUCAGUUUUUUGAUGCUACAAGAAGGAGUAUUAGACCAUGAUUGACAGCUCUGUUGACCAAUGUGGAGCUGUGUGCGCUGGUUUAGGGGAGCAGAGGUAGUCGCUGUCUCUGCUUUACUUUUAUCUGACAGAGACUUUAGUACCUCUUGACCACCAUUUCCCGGCCUUCUGAAUAUCAAACUCGCUUGGAUCACGUGCUGUUUAACUUUCUUUGAAAACUCAAUGCACUGAAAAUCCUCCAUCACAACAGAUGUUCUGAUUUCUCUCCAUCUGUACCUUUCUAUCAUUUAUUGCCGGCCAGAUGGGGAAACCUUCCCGUCGAUGAUGCCCUGCAGUUUGGACAUGAAGAGGUGGUGAACAUGUUGAAAGAAUACCAGCAGGUCUGCAGUCAGCAGGAAACACAGCACGCUAAGCCUGAGCAUUCCCAGAAGCUGGAUACCAUCGAGGGAAUGGUGUGAUGUCUAUUUUUAAAGUAGGAGCAUGUCAGGGCAUUUGUGCAAUCUGUCAAGCCUGAAAGGUGGAGGACGAUUGGUGGUACACAAAAGAACUGAAUAUGACCAUAUCAACUAUUUUAACCGCAGUACAGGAAAAGAUAAAGUUCUCAUUACUUAGAGCUGUACAUUUGACUUUUUCCUGUGUUGUUCCUUAUUUAGAAAAAAAAACUGUGUAGCCCUUUAAUGCCUGACACCACAAAUUAUUGGAGCUGAAAUUUUUAUUUCACUUACUACUGAAAACCAAAAAAAAAAUCAAAAUGUCCUUAAAAUUUAACAAAUAUAUUUAUUUAUCUUGUUUGAUACAUUAGAUGUUUUUGGAAACUGAUAAACUACAAGAGGACAUUUUUUUCAUUUAUCGGACUGUAUUCAGGUGUUUUUUUAGUAAUUUGUUGAUCAUAUUGAUUUGAUAGAAGUAUAUAAAAGUAUGUAUAAAAGUAUAUAAAAAUUUGAUACAAAAGGCAUUAAAGGGUUAAGGUUGUAAAGCUUUCCCUAAUGUUUGGAUAUCCUAUCAGGAGUUAUUUUUAAAGGGAGAAAUGGGAUGACAUUGUACAAACACCCAUUAAAGUGAAC